CCUCCUCGCAGAUCACGAGACAGCAUGGCUGCAACCGCUGCCGUCAGCCCCAGUGAAUACCUGCAGCCGGCCGCCUCCGCUGCCCAGGACUCCCAGCCAUCUCCUCUCGCCCUCCUCGCAGCGACGUGUAGCAAAAUCGGUCCCCCCGCGGUGGAACCCGCCGUGCCCCCUCCUGCCCCUCCUCAGCCAACGUCUCGCAAACUCAUCCCUAUCAAACCCGCUCCGCUCCCUCUGGGCUCUGGUAAGAGCAGCUUUGGGAUCCUCUCGUCGAAAGGGAACCUCUUCCAGAUCCAGGGCUCUCAGGUCAGCGCCUCCUACGCUGGGGGACAGCUGGUUUUUGCCAUCCAGAACCCGACCAUCAUCAGCAAGGGCACCCGCUCGUCCACCAACAUCCAGUACCAGGCGGUGCCCCAGCUCCAGGCCGCGGGGGGACAGACCAUCCAGGUCCAGCCCAACCUCACCAACCAGAUCCAAAUAAUUCCAGGCAUGAAUCAAGCCAUCCUCACCCCUUCUUCUUCUUCUUCCUCUCACAAGCCCGUGCCCAUCAAACCAGCUCCAGCGCAGAAGGGUGGAGCUUCGCCGGCGCAGGGCACGAGCAGCGUGGUGAAAUUAGCCGGUGGCAGCAACGUGACACUUACCCUGCCCGUGAACAACCUGGUGAACGCCGCUGAGCCGGGCACACAGGCUCAGAUCCUUGCAGAGAGCCCCUCGAAACCCAGCAAAAAGACUCGAAAGAAAACGCUGUCGCCCUCCCAGCCUGCUGCCGUGGCCGUGGCCGAGCAGGUGGAGACGGUGUUAAUAGAGACCACGGCCGAGAACAUCAUCCAGGCGGGCAACAACCUGCUGAUCGUGCAGAGCCCGGGCUCGGGCCAGCCGGCCGUGGUGCAGCAGGUCCAGGUGGUGCAGCCCAAGCAGGAGCCACAGGUUGUGCAGAUCCCACAGCAAGCCCUGCGCGUGGUCCAGGCCGCCUCCGCCACGCUUCCCACCGUCCCCCAAAAAUCCUCCCAGAACUUCCAGAUCCAGCCGACGGAACCCAUUCCUACCCAGAUUUACUUCAAGACGCCGUCGGGUGAGCUGCAGUCGGUGCUGCUCCAGGAAGCUCCGGCCGUGACGGUGGCUCCGUCGAGGACCUCCUGCAGCAGCCCGGUGUCACGCAGCUCCGCCGUGGGGGUCAGCAGCAAGAAACCAGCCACGUGCAAGGAACGCACUCUGCCAAAGAUCGCCCCGGCCGGAGGCAUCAUCAGCUUGAACGCGGCUCAGCUGGCGGCUGCGGCGCAGGCCAUGCAGACCAUCAGCAUCAACGGCGUGCAAGUCCAGGGUGUGCCCGUCACCAUCACCAACACCGGAG